AAGCGUCGCGGCUCGUUGCUGCUCCGUGGGUGCAGAGAGGACGGCCCCGCGCGGGGGCUCCCCGUCGGCUGCGGGGUGGCAGGAUGCCGAAAGGGAAGGGCGCGAAGCGGGGCAGAGCAAAGAAGGGGACACCAGGGGAGGUCAAGGUGGACAGGGAGUCGGAGGCUGAUCGGGCCAAGGCCAGCGCAGCGUUAUGGGAGGCUCGGCUGGAAGUGACGGAGAUCUCCCGGGCCGAGUACCGCGAGGCCUCCCGCCUGUUGGCCAAAAAAAACGAGGACCUAGCCUGGCAGCAGCGCCGGGUGGAGAAGGACACGGUGGAGGUGAUUAGCUUCCUCAAGAAGCAGGACGUGGAGAAAGACAAGCAGAUUGAUAAACUGAAGCAGCAGCUAACUGAUUUGAAGCAGCAAGCCCAAGAAGAGAGUGAGAAGCUGACAGAAUAUUACUCCAAUCAGUUAAAAGAACUGGAAGAAAGAUUCCACAAAAAGGCCAGAGAGAUCAGUUUAAUUCAAGGAGAACUGAAAGUUAUAAGGGAAUUUCGCAAGAAGAAAGCACAUAUGGAGAAAGAAUUAGAAGAUAUAAAAGAAAGUAUGCAGAUUUCAAACAGGGAACAUCAGGAGAUAAUUGGAAGGCUAGAAAAGAAGUUUCUUGAGGAAAAGCAAAGACUAGAAAGAGAUGCUGAGAAGAGGAUAGUAAUUCUGGCAGAGAGAGCCCACCAUGAGGCAAUUAUGCAGUUGAACAGCACUGGGAGAGCUGUGUUCAAGGAGAAUGUUCGUCUUCAUGAGGCUCUUGCUUACCACCUGAAGGAGUCAGAAGAGCUACAAAAAAUCAAGAAGCAGCUGGAGGAGGACAAGGCUCUUCUCUUGCAGGAGAAGGAAACAAAUGACAGUUUGGUUCAGGAAAAGAUCCUUCAAAUAACUCAGCAGAAAGCCCAGAUCCAGGAUUUGCAGCACAAGGUAGAGAAGCUGGAGACAGCCCUACAUCACAUGACCAGAGAGUUUGAAACAGAAAUUCAGAAAACACAGCAUCAGGCCUUAGUGCAGAACCAGGCAGGUAUGGUAGAGGUUAACAAGCUGCAGCAACUGCUGGAGAUGAAGGAUCGGGAGAUGAACCGAGUGAAAAAACUGGCCAAGAACAUCUUGGAUGAAAGGACUGAGGUGGAAAGGUUCUUCCUAGAAGCUCUGGAACAGGUGAAGCGUGAGAUAAUAACCAGCAGGAAGCGUUGCAGGCAGUUGGCCCAGACUGCCUAUCAGAGGAAAAUGAUGGCGGCAUUUGCAGGGAAAGAAGAGUACCCUAACAUCAGAACAUUUAAGGGCCACCUCAACAGCACAAAUUACAUGUACAGCGAUCCAUGGGAGGCAGAAAAAUGGACAGAUACCCAGUUAGAGAAGGUCGAUAUCAGUGAGCUGACCUGGGAACAGAAGGAAUGUGUUCUGAGGGCACUGUUUGCAAAAAUUAAUGCCUUGAAUCAACGAAAAGGCAAACAAGUUUUGGUCCCUUUGGCUCCAGCUGCUGUUAUUACUAGUGCUGGAAAAAGAGACAAGACUGGCCCAGAGAACACUGCCUCCAGCCAGACCUUCAUUACACAGCAGGCUCCACUGUCAGAGUCCACCUCUCAUGCAACAGCCCUUCCAGAUAUUCGAAUGGUAACAGCACAGAAGGGAGAGUAAAGCAUCACACACUAAAAGAACAAGCCAUCAGAACCAUCACAGCUGUUGCCUGACAUUAAUUUUCUUCUGGGACUUCUCUUAUGCAAUUGGAGUGAUGCUGAGGCUGAGAUUGUAUCCUGAUUCUCUUAUAGUGUCGGUUUGACUGCUUCUCUGAAUCCAACCUGAAAGGUCACUGUAAACUUAUAAAGUGUUUUUACCCUUUUUAAAAUAAAACUUUUUUUAUUCUUC